AUGUACUCCCAGCUCUGGUUCCUGACAGACCGCCGGAUCCGCGAGGACUACCCGCAGGUGCAGAUCCUGAGCGCCCUUCGGCAGCGCUGCUCUGAGCAGGACGUGCGCUUCCGGGCGGUGCUAAUGGACCAGCUCGCCGUCACGGUUGUCGGCGGCCACCUCGGCCUUCAGCUGAACCAAAAGGCACUUACCACUUUCCCAGAUGUGGUGCUUGUGCGGCUGUCCACACCCUCCGUGCAGUCAGACAGUGACAUCACUGUUUUGCGACACCUGGAGAAGUUGGGCUGCCGCUUAGUCAACCGCCCACAGAGCAUUUUAAACUGCAUCAACAAAUUCUGGACAUUCCAAGAGCUGGCUGGACAUGGGGUCCCUAUGCCAGACACAUUCUCCUAUGGUGGGCAUGAAGACUUUUCAAAAAUGAUUGAUGAAGCUGAGCCCCUGGGCUACCCAGUGGUGGUGAAGAGCACGCGAGGACACCGGGGAAAAGCUGUUUUUCUUGCAAGAGAUAAACAUCACCUUUCAGACAUCUGCCAUUUGAUCCGCCAUGAUGUGCCCUACCUGUUCCAGAAGUAUGUGAAAGAAUCACAUGGAAAAGAUAUCCGGGUGGUGGUCGUAGGGGGCCAAGUGAUAGGCUCUAUGCUUCGCUGCUCCACAGAUGGACGGAUGCAAAGCAACUGCUCUCUUGGUGGUGUGGGUGUCAUGUGCCCGCUGACGGAACAAGGCAAGCAGUUGGCUAUUCAAGUGUCCAAUAUCCUGGGCAUGGACUUCUGUGGCAUUGAUCUCCUCAUCAUGGAUGAUGGCUCCUUUGUGGUGUGUGAGGCAAAUGCCAAUGUUGGUUUUCUAGCAUUCGACCAAGCAUGCAACUUAGAUGUGGGUGGGAUCAUUGCAGACUACACCAUGUCUUUGCUGCCCAGUAGGCAGGUUGGGGAGAUGGCCCUCCUCCCAGGACUGUCUAGUCCCAAGGAGAAGAAAGAAGCAGAUGGCUGUGCUUCAGGUCAGGGAGUUGCAGAGAGUGUCUACACCAUAAAUAAUGGGUCUACCUCUAGUGAGAGUGAGCCUGAACUGGGAGAGAUCCGAGAUCCCUCAACAAGCACAGUGGGAGCCCCUCCCCCCAUGCUACCUGAACCUGGCUACAACAUCAACAACAGGAUUGCUUCUGAAUUAAAACUUAAGUGA